CGACGCGUUACGUCAUUUUUGAGCGACGUUCUUUCGCAGCUGUAAAUAACGGUUGGAUCGUAAACAGCUCUUCCUUCUUAAGUUAUUCCCGUAUUAGUAACGGCACAAUAUGCUUUCUUCUUCGCUUUCAGUAGCGCACUUUAUGCUGAAUAAAUCGCAGUUUUUGGUUAUAUCUUUGUAAGCUUGUUAGUGUAGUAACAGUCUAGUUUGUUCUUGCUGGGUACAGUCCUUUCAAGCUUGUUGAUUGGUAUUAUGAAUAAGUUCACAUUCCGCUUCAUGUCGUCCUGCCAUUGUUUCUUUUGUUUGUUGUAUAAUCGAACUAGUGGAAAUGUUAGCAGGCUCGUGUAGUGUCAGGUAGCUUGCUGUACAAUGAAUUCAGAGUGGAAACUAGAAACGCAAACAUCGACGCCAUAAACGCACGUGAUGGAUAAUGAAAAGGAUCUGGAGUCACUCGGAGAGAAACUGUACGACCUGAUUUAUCCUAAACACGCUGACAUGGCUCCAAAACUAACAGGAAUGCUACUGGAGCUGCCAGGGGAUGUGAUCAGUCAGAUGCUGCAGGAUGAAGCUCUUCUUACCAAAGCGCUGGAGAGGGCACUGGAAGCCCUGCACCCGGACACCAGUAAACCGGCGUCACAGGCUGACGAUGUCGACUCCGUGUCCUCCGACUCCCUGGGUGAACAGCUGUAUGAGCUCAUCAACCUUUACAACACAGGACACACCCACAAACUCACAGGGAUGUUGUUAGAGCAGGAAAAAAAGGUGGUGCUUCAGCUGUUAUCUGAUCCGGUCCUGCUGGAGGAGAAAGUCAACAUGGCCCUGAAAACCCUACAGGAGUCUAGUUGUAGGCAGAGUCGAAGAGAGACCGGCGCGAGUGACCGAGACGAAGAGGAAGUGAUUGGAGAGAGACUAUUCGCACUCGUACGAGACUUGGAACCGGACCACUGUGCCGAUAUUACCGGGAUGCUGUUAGAAAUGGACCUCGGCACACUGCGGCAGAUUCUGUCUGAUCGGACCAUGCUAGAAGUCGCAGUGCAGCGAGCAAAGAGCGCCCGGGAGAAUGCACUGCGUCAGCCAGACCCAGAGACCAAGUGAAGACUAGAACAUGCCUUGUUUGUUUAUAAAUACUUAAGCAGAAAAAGUAAAUGUCAAGAGUGGGGAAACGUGAGGACAUCAUGUUGUACUGUUAUUCCUGACCUGAAGAUUAGAAAACAUGGAGGCGUUUUGGUUAUAGAAAUAUUUUCUGAUCUGCUGAGGUAAAGAUUUAACGGG